AGUUCAAUUAUGGUUUGUUUUGAUAAAUGUAGGUCGACCACUCGGUCAAAUUCACAACCUGAAACGUACAAAACACUUCCAAAACUCUCCCUAAAUCAGUCGCCGUAAAGGCAAAACAGUACGUUUGUAUGAUCAAAUUCUUAUUGGUGUUUGCGUCAUUAAAUAUUUCAAUAAUGGCUUGGAGGUCUCAUGGUAAAUCGAACAUGGAAUUAAUACGAAAUUUACGAGCUAACGGAAUUAUUCGUAGCGAUGUUGUGGAGCAAGCUAUGCUUGCUGUUGAUAGAGCUGAUUAUUCAGAGCGCAAUCCAUACAUGGAUGCACCACAAGGAAUUGGCUAUGGUGUAACAAUUUCAGCUCCACACAUGCAUGCACAUGCACUUGAAUUACUCAAAGAUAAGCUGACACCUGGUGAAAGGGCUCUUGAUGUUGGCAGUGGUAGUGGUUACUUAACAGCUUGCAUGGCAAUGAUGUUAGGAAAAAAUGGAAUUGCAGUUGGCAUCGACCAUAUGUCCGAACUAGUUGAACUGAGUAAGAAAAAUUUAAACAAAAACAAUGGCGAUCUACUUACGAGUGGACGCAUACACCUGAAAGUUGGCGACGGCCGACUUGGUGUGCCUGACUUGGGGCCCUACAAUGCUAUUCACGUCGGUGCAGCUGCAGCAAACUUGCCGCAGGCACUUGUAGACCAGCUUAAGGUUGGGGGACGGCUAAUUGUACCCGUAGGGCCUGCUGGCGGCGACCAGCAACUCGAACAAAUUGACAAAUUACCUGAUGGAACGAUUUCGCGAAAACCUUUAAUGGGUGUUAUCUAUGUGCCACUCACAGACCAAUCGAAUCAGUGGCCGCUGAGCAGUAAACAGCGUGCAAGACGCGCUUGGCGUGUCCUUCGCAGACACAUGCUCACACAAGUUGUUUCUAAAGCAGAAGGAAAAGAGGCGAAAUCUAAACCUUUAAAUGAAUGAGAGGAUCGAAAAUGAAAGAUAAAUGCCUAAAACAUAGCGCAUGAGACUAUGAACAACGUCCGAAAAUGGAAAAUUUGCUGAAAAUAUUGUUUGAAUGACAUGAUGAAACGAAUUUAUUUUGUAAAUAUUGCGAUGGUAUAUUUAUGGAAUGACAGCUGUAAUUUAUUGUGUGGCUAUUGCUAUAUUCGUAUAUAAAAGUAUUGUGAAUAUCAAAGUAUUGGAAUGUUUUAAUUCUUAUCUUCUAUAAAAUAAAUAUAUUAUACGCGGCUAUCAAA